CUCAUCAGCUCCACUCUUCAUCGCAGAGGCUUACUGCAUUCUGCUAUAUAUAUGGCCACAAGAAAAGCAUACCCCAACACGGAACAAAGCUCAAGAAUAAUACGAAAUCCGAGUUAGAAGUCGAAGAUGGCCACUGCUUCAACCAUUUGGUUCGUUUUCCUAGCUCUCAUUGUAGGAUGUGCCAGCUCGGUGAGGAUCCUCGUGGAUGAGGCGGUGCCUGAUCCCCCUGUCCUUGUUAGCCCUCCGGGAGUUUCACUUCCUUCUGGAACGGGCCCUGCCGGUGGGGCAACCGCUCCGGCCAUUGAGGAUGAGAGUGUGGACCCGCCCCUUCCUGAAGCUGAAGUCCCUGAUGCAGCACUCCCCCCGGCUGCUGAUGUGGAGGCACCAGUAGUUGCCCCACCAGUGGAGGAAGAAGCUGACCCGCCAGUUCCCGAGAUGCCUGAAGCUGUGACGGCACCAGUUGCCGCAGUGGUUCCUGGUGCUACUGCCACGUCUGCAGGUGGUGCUGGUGCAGCCCCUGUUGCUACCGGCGCCGCAACACUCCCAAGCCCUGGCACAGCUGGGGAACCACAGCUGUCUUUCUACAUGCAUGACAUUAUCGGGGGAUCACACCCAUCCGCUCGUAUAGUCACCGGGAUCGUAACAAGCACCGAGGUGAACGCUGUCCCAUUCUCUAAGCCCACCAACAUCAUCUUCCCAUUCGGUGGCGGUUCCCCCCUUCUCAAUGGAAACAACCUCAACAACCUGAACGGCGUUAACCUCAAUGGGAUCAUCAACAACAACAACCUCCCCUACCUCACCGGCUUCAACGGGGCACAAGUCAGCACGGUGAUCCAGAACAGCGGGAACGGCGACCUGGCAGCAGGUGGAGACAACCAGCCCUUUGUGACUGCUGGGCAGCUCCCUGCAGGAGCAACCCUCCAGAAGCUCAUGUUCGGUACCAUCACUGUUGUUGAUGAUGAGCUGACUGAAGGGCAUGAGCUGGGUUCUGGCGUGCUCGGGAAGGCACAGGGGUUCUACUUGGCCAGCUCAUUGGAUGGGACCAGUCAGACAAUGGCACUGACUCUGUUGUUUCAUGAUGGGAAAGGGAGCAGCUCCCACGAAGUAGAAGACACAAUCAGCCUGUUUGGGGUCCACAGGACAGCCUCACCAGAGUCUCAGGUGGCCAUCAUCGGUGGAACCGGGAAGUACGAGCACGCCAAGGGAUAUGCAACAGUCGAGACCCUUCACCAGGAAGACCAGCACACCACCGAUGGCGUGGACACGAUCCUCCAUUUCAGUGUUUACUUUUCCGAGUAACGGGGUUUCAGCAUAAACGGGGGCCUUUCACUAAGGAGAUGAUGACAUAAUUAUAUGGCAUUCAGUUUCUCUAUUUAUAUGUA